CUUUACUAUCUACUGUUAUCGAGAUACUAUGGCAAUAAGCAAAAGCACUGACGAGAGCACCAGGACGGGCGUUUACCAUGUGAAAGAAAGCGGUCUUGAAUACCAGCAUUUGAGGGAUACGACCGUGCCAAAAGAUGGUAAAGAAUACGUUAAGAGAUUCCAGUAAGUAAAGUUACGUUGGUAGUGGGUUGAGUUGAUUUUCCCUUGAGACCAGAUCAAUCGUCCAAAACGGACCCAUCCACAACUUUUCAUCUCAUUAKCUUUUUCAAUGCUCGAUCCGCAUCCCAGAAAAGGGUUUCAGAUGAAUGUGAUUGAAAAUAAGGACAAUGAUUUAGUGUUUGAACUGAUAGGGUGCGAUGCCUCUUUUGCGAAUGCGCUGCGGCGGAUUCUGUUGUCAGAAGUCCCGACAGUAGCAAUUGAAAAUGUGUAUAUGUGGAACAAUACCAGUAUCAUCCACGACGAGGUACUGUCACAUCGUUUAGGUCUCAUUCCGAUCAAUGUAGAUGCUCGUUUGUUCGAUCCAAUCGAAGAUGGCGACGAUACCACCGAUCAAAACACUUUAGUGUUCCAGCUGCAGGUCAAGUGCCCGUCUCGACGACAAGCGGCCGCGAAAGCCAAGAAAGCCACUGGAGACGACAGCGCCCUGACAGAAACAGAGAAGAGUGUGUUGGAAAACACCGAACUGGAUCACGCGGCCUUUAUGGCGGCGAAAAAGGAAGCUAUCCAAACACCCGGACGCCCCUAUACUCUUCAUUUGUAUUCGAGGGAUUUGGUUUGGGUWCCUCAGGGAGACCAAGAGAGACGAUUCCCGAAUGGGAUCCGACCCGUCCACGACGACAUUUUGAUUGCGAAGCUGCGACCGGGGCAAGAGAUUGAAUUGGAGGCCCACGCAAUGUACGGCAUCGGACAAGAUCACGCGAAGUAUUCCCCUGUGGCGACAGCCUCCUAUCGAUUGUACAUAAAUGUUGAAAUAGUGGAACCAAUAUACGAUGAAGACGCCGAGGAGUUGGCACAUUUAUACGAGCCGGGUGUGUUCGAAAUUAUACCAGCUGGUGUACCAGGCAAGAGGAUCACGGUCAAGGUCGCCAAUCCCUAUGCCUGUACCAUGUCUCGAAAUUACAUGCGAAACCCGAAACUCGCGAAAGCAAUCAAGAUGACGAGGAUCCCCAACCAUUUUAUUUUUUCCGUGGAAAGCGUAGGAAUGCACAAACCAGCUGUUUUGGUUGCAGAAGCACUGAAAGUCUUACAGAAGAAAUGCAAAGACUUGAUAGARGUGACCAAGCAACAACAAGAAGCAUUUUAGAAACGGAUCGCUUCUUGUGAAGGGCGAAGGCUGAAAAAGAAUUUCAUGUCGUUGUUUAAUUUGCAUGCGUUMAUUACAAAAUACUUUUAGGUGGGAUUUAUUGUGGGAUCGAAACUAAAGAAGUUACACGAUA